UCGUUUAUUUCGUAAAUAAAACGCGGUUCUGUUUUCUGUUCCUGGUCUCGUACACGUGCAUUUUGGCUGGUUUUAAAAAAUUAGGGAAAAAUUGUUAAUUUCUUGUGGAAAAUGGUAGCAAACAAGCACAAAGCUACCAAACGGAAGAUACCUUCGGCGGAGGAAGCUGAAAAAGUUAGCAAAAGCAAUGGUAAACAGGUAUCCAAAGAGGUAGACAAUUCCGACGAAAGUGCUAGCGAUUAUUAUGAAUCCGAUGAGGAAAAUCUUCUAGCUAAUAUUGAUAACAGUGGCGACGAGGAUAGCUCGGAUUCCGAGGGCGAAGGCAAUGAUUCUGAUAAUGAUGAAGUGCAGCAAUUUGAAAGUGCGGAUUCGGACUUUGAAGACGAAUCGGAUAAAGAGGAGAGCGAAGGAGAUGAUUCUGCGGACGAUGUAAACAGCGACAGUUCACCCGAACCGGAAGAGGAGGAAAGUGACGAAGACGAUGAGCUAGAAUUUGAGGAAGAUUUAGAGGAGCCGGCACAACCAAAAGCAAUCCAGGAUGUUGCUGUCGGUAGAGCAAAAAGAAAUGCCAAGCCAACAAAUGAGGAAUCUGAUGUAGACGAAGAAACUAAAGAACUUUUGGAAGCAGCUCAGAAGGAGGAUGAAAGGUUGGGCGAAAUUGAUUCGGCGUUGGGAAGUGCUCCUUCUAAAAUCAGGGGCGUUGGAGUUUUUCCUUCGCAAGCAAAGUCGCGUUUCAGUGGCGGCAAGAAUCAAGAUGAAUAUGCCGCUGGAGACACUUCCGACGAGGAGGACAUUAGGAAUACGGUGGGAAACAUCCCCAUGCAUUGGUACGACGAGUAUAAACACAUUGGCUACGAUUGGGAUGGCAAUCGACUGAUUAAACCACCGAAAACGGAUGCUAUUGACGACUUUCUCAAGAAAAUGGAGGAUCCCAACUUUUGGCGUACGGUUAAGGAUCCACAGACUGGGCAGAAUGUGGUUUUGACGGAUGAGGACAUUGGAUUGAUCAAGAGAAUUAUGUCGGGGAAAAAUCCUGAUGAGCAGUACAAUGAUUAUGAGCCAUGGAUCGAGUGGUUCACUUCGGAGGUAGAAAAAAUGCCCAUCCGGAACAUUCCGGAUCAUAAGCGAUCAUUCUUGCCCAGUAAAUCAGAGAAGCAAAAGAUUGGCCGUCUUGUGCAUGCUCUAAAAAUGGGAUGGAUCAAAACACGUGCCGAAGCGGAAAAACUAGCCGCGGAAAAGAAGGGUCCCAAGUUCUACAUGAUGUGGGAAACUGAUCAUGGGAAGGAGGAAAUGCGCAGGAUUCAUGACCAUGUAGUUGCUCCGAAGCGACCACUCCCGGGUCACGCCGAGUCGUACAACCCGCCACCUGAAUAUCUUUUCAACGAUAGGGAACUGGCCGAGUGGAACAGCCACGAGGAAGAACCAUGGAAGAGAAAACUGCAUUAUGUACCUCAGAAGUUUAACUCUCUCCGGGAGGUGCCAUAUUACGAUAAAUACAUCCGGGAACGAUUUAUGCGCUGUUUGGAUCUCUACCUGUGCCCUCGUGGUAAACGCACCAGAGUUACAGUUGGACCAGAAUAUCUGAUACCGAAACUACCUUCGCCGAAGGAUCUGCAGCCCUUCCCAACGUUGCAAAAUCUAAUCUACAAGGGACACACUGACAUGAUCCGGUCCAUUAGCAUCGAACCAAAAGGAGAAUACUUGGUCACUGGAUCGGACGAUCAGACUGUUAAAAUUUGGGAAGUGUCGUCGGCUCGUUGUAUCCGAACCAUUCCAACCGGCGAUGUGGUUCGCUCUGUGGCCUGGUGUCCAAACAGCAAAAUUUCGCUCAUAGCUGUGGCCAGCGGGAAGCGUGUUCUACUUAUCAAUCCCCAAGUUGGGGAUAACUUGAUUGUCAAGAAGACAGACGACCUUCUCGCGGAAGCACCCAAAUCAGAAACGGUAGACAACGAUCGAAUCACCACCGCUGUACAGUGGGUCGAUUUCACGGAUGAGGAGAGAAGGUCCGGCGUGCGGAUUGUGAUUAAUCACUUCAAAGAAAUCAAACAAGUCGCUUGGCACGGACGUGGGGAUUACUUUGCUACCGUGAUGCCUGAAGCAGCCAAUCGUUCGGUGCUGAUCCAUCAGCUAUCAAAACGCAGAUCACAAUUUCCGUUCUCCAAGAGCAAAGGGUUAAUUCAAUGCGUGCUGUUCCAUCCUGUGAAGCCGUGUCUGUUCGUUGCAACUCAACGGCAUGUCCGCGUGUACGACUUGGUUAAACAAGAACUGUUGAAAAAGCUUUUCCCUAGCUGCAAGUGGAUUUCAAGUAUGGCAAUACAUCCCAAAGGUGAUAACUUGCUGGUGGCCACCUACGAGAAGAAGAUGAUGUGGUUUGAUUUGGAUCUGUCGACGCGACCCUACCAGCAGCUGAAGCUGCACCAUUCCGCAAUCAGAAAUGUCGCGUUCCAUUUGCGCUAUCCCCUAUUUGCUUCGGCCAGUGACGACCGUAGUGUGAUUGUGUCGCAUGGAAUGGUGUAUAAUGAUCUGCUUCAGAAUCCUUUGAUUGUUCCCCUGAGAAGAUUGGAACAUCACGAGAGGGUAAAUGAUUUCGGAGCAUUUGAUGUUGUGUUUCAUCCAACGCAGCCGUGGCUAUUUUCGUCCGGUGCCGAUAACACCGUGAGGUUGUACACUUAGGUAAGAAUCAUUUCAGUAUGUACUGCAAAAGAGUGCAGUACGCUUUAUCUUUUUUUUGUUCCAAUGCAAAUCCUUUUACUUUGUAAUAAAGUCAAUCUACUGAAAGAAA